GAAGAAGAAGAAGAAGAAGAAGAAGAAGAAGAAGAAGAAGAAGAAGAAGAUCCCCGCUCUUUCUAACCUGAAUCCAGAAGGAGUCUCGUCGCGACUGUUCUCUCUCUCUCUGUUCCAUCACCUGUGUGUCUGGAUAAACGUAGACUGGACUUUGUGCCCUUUUUUCUGAAGCGUUUACCUGGGACUAUAGGAGCUAGCUUAGCAUGCUAUCUGGAAACACCAGAGCAACACGAGUCAGAGUGAGAGUUUGAUGGAGAGGAACAGUGCGUUUAACGGAGUGUGCAGGAAAAGGUGAUUUAGUCAACAUGAGUACAGUCCAAAUGCUGCUCGCGUUGAAGAAGCAGCAACUCACUGCUUCUGCUGAAGAGAUGUUUGCUCUGUUUGAAAAAACGAUAGCAGAGUACGAGGAGAAACUGUGUCGUUCAAAAGAGAAGAACGAGAGACUCCAGAAACUACUGGACUCUGUUUUACAGCCCCAGCUUCGGAUUCACAAAGCAGACGUCCGGCAGCUGGUGGUGGUUAAGGAAGAGGUUCUCCCUGAACGGCAGGAGUGGAGCUCCAAUCUGGACCAGGAAGACCCGGAGCCCCCCCCACACAUUAAACAGGAACAGGAGGAACUCUGGAGCAGUCAGAAGAGAGAGGAGCUUCAAGAGCUGGAGGAGGCUGAUAUCACCAAGUCUACAUUCACUCCUGUCCCUGUGAAGAGUGAAGAUGAUGAGAAACCUCAGUCCUUACAGUUUCAUCAAAUACAGGCUGAACACAUGGAAACAGGAACUGAUGGAGAGGACUGUCGAGGACCACAACCAAACAGGAACUCGGAUCCAGAGAGCGGUUUACAACCACAGACUGAGGACAACACUCAAGACUGUUCUGAGCCAGACACUCAAGACUCUUCUGAGCCAGACACUGAAGACUCUUCUGAGCCAGACACUGAAGACUCUUCUGAGCCUGACACUGAAGACUCUUCUGAGCCUGACACUGAAGACAGUGCUGAUUGGAAGGAGACCAGAGAACCUGCGUCAGGCUCAAACUCACUGAAAAAUAAACAAGAAUCUGUCAGUGAUUCAAGAUGCAGUGCUGGAAAGAAACCUUUUGACUGCUCAGUUUGUAAGAAAUCUUUUAUAAAUAGUCGAAUUUUAAAGACACACAUGAGAAUCCACACAGGCGAGAAACCAUUCAGCUGCUCAGUUUGUAAGAAAUCGUUUACACAGAGUGAACAUUUAAAGGCACACAUGAGAAUCCACACAGGAGAGAAACCAUUCAGCUGCUCAGUUUGUAAGAAAUGUUUUACAACGAGUGGAAGUGUUAAAAUACACAUGAGAAUGCACACAGGCGAGAAACCAUUCAACUGCUCAGUUUGUAAGAAAUCUUUUACACGGGGUGAACAAUUAAAGGCACACAUGAGAAUCCACACAGGAGAGAAACCAUUCAGCUGCUCAGUUUGUAAGAAAUCUUUAACAGACAGUCGAAGUUUAAAGGAACACAUGAGAAUCCACACAGGCGAGAAACCAUUCAGCUGCUCAGUUUGUAAGAAAUCUUUUAUAAAGAGUAGAACUUUAAAGGCACACAUGAGAAUACACACAGGCGAGAAACGAUUCAGCUGCUCAGUUUGUAAGAAAUCUUGUAAAGAGAGUGGAAGUUUAAAGGCACACAUGAGAAUCCACACAGGCGAGAAACCAUUCAGCUGCUCAGUUUGUAAGAAUUCUUUCACACAGAGUGAACAUUUAAAGGCACACAUGAGAAUCCACACAGGCGAGAAACCAUUCAGCUGCUCAGUUUGUAAGAAAUCUUUUAUAAAUAGUCAAAGUUUAAAGGCACACAUGAGAAUCCACACAGGCGAGAAACCAUUCAGCUGCUCAGUUUGUAAGAAUUCUUUUACACGGAGUGAUAAUUUAAAGGCACACAUGAGAAUCCACGCAGGAGAGAAACCAUUCAGCUGCUCAGUUUGUAAGAAAUCUUUUAUAAAUAGUCAAAGUUUAAAGGCACACAUGAGAAUCCACACAGGCGAGAAACCAUUCAGCUGCUCAGUUUGUAAGAAUUCUUUUACACAGAGUGAACAUUUAAAGGCACACAUGAGAAUCCACACAGGCGAGAUACCAUUCAGCUGCUCAGUUUGUAAGAAAUCUUUUACACGGAGUGAUAAUUUAAAGGCACACAUGAGUAUCCAUGCAGGAGAGAAACCAUUCAGCUGCUCAGUUUGUAAGAAAUCGUUUACACAGAGUGGAACUUUAAAGGCCCACAUGAGAAUCCACACGGGAGAGAAACCAUUCAGCUGCUCAGUUUGUAAGAAAUCUUACAAAGAGAGUAGAAGUUUAAAGGCCCACAUGAGAAUCCACAAAUGAGAAAAGCCAUUCAGCUGCAGUGUUUGAUUUACAUGGCGUAGUCAUUUGAAAAGGCAGAAGUGUGUUGGCCUUCAACCCUCACGGCUUCAAUCAAACUCACACUGAGGAUAACAGAGUUUUCAGACUCGUUCAGAGCAUGAUACUGUUUUUUGUUUCUAAAUGUUGUGUAUCAUUUUCUUCCUGUUAAUAAACUGUUCUAAAUAAA